AUGUUUGAAAAUGGCGGGUUUGUUAAAUCAAACUUGAUGGCGCUGGUGGUAUUAAAUAAGUACAUACAUAUUUACAUUUGAAUAAUUUAUUAUGAUACGUGUAUUGCGAUAAAUGUAUGACUGAUAUAAGAAAGACUUCGCAUGAUUAUGUUGCAAAUAAUGACAAAUUUCUUAAUAAUCAUUAAUACAUCGUACAUACUUUACUUAUCAAUUCAUUUGAGUUAAAUUGUUUGAUGACAAUAUUAAUAGUUUAUAUUGUUUAUAUGUGCUUAUAAAUAAAUGUCAUUACAGUGAAACUGUUAUAAAUUAUUUUUAUGUACUAAUUUAAUAUAAUUAUUUCUUGAAGUACUUUAUUUUUCACAUUACCUGAAAACGCCAUGGAUAUAGUAAUAAAGUUAAAUGAACAAACAGUAGGCAGAGAUAGAAUUAUCAGGUAAUUUAUUUACUUUUUAAAUAUAUUAAAAUUAAUUAAAAAGAACUAUUUUUUAUUAUUGUUACUAAUAUAUAGUUUUAUAUUUUACAUAACCUACAUUUUAUUACGUAGCAUUACGAUUUAAAUAUUCAAAGUACUAUUUUUCUCACUAUAAUAUACCAAAAAAUGUUUUAUAAUAAGAAUUUUAUGAAAAUAUAUAUAUAUAUAUAUCAUUUCCUACACAGAGGAAUAUAUUAAUUUGAUUACAAUAAAACGUAGUAACGUGUCAAUAUGUAACAGGUAAUAUUAAUAUUGUAUAAUUAUUUUUUUAAUAAUAUUUUUAUAGAUUACUACAAUAUGGAAGCAGAGCUUAUUGGUAUUAUGGACAGAAUAUUCGUAGUACACAACAUUCUGCAGAAGUCUUAAGAAGUUUAGAAUAUACAUUUAGCUCAUUCAGAAAAUGUAUUUCAUUUGAAUUGAUAUUUAUAAUUUUAACGUAACUAUUAUUUGAUACUAAUGUUUUAUUUUUAUUUUGUAGUGUUGCGUCUUGGACGAUGUUUAGAUAGUUUAUAUUUUGCUUUGAAAAUGAUGAAAUAUCCAGAUGUAACCAUAAGAGUUAGUUUAACUUUAUCAAAAAUUGCCAAUGCUCUAUUUUUAUUAGCAGAUCAUAUAAUUUGGAUUGGUCGUGUGGGACUAUGUAAAGUUAAUAUUGAAAAAUGGAGUAAAAUAUCUAAUAAAUAUUGGUUAAUGAGUAUUAUCAUGAAUCUUGUAAGAGACAUUUAUGAAAUCAUGAAAAUUCUUGAACACGAAGGAAAGGAUGUAUUAAUGAGGGCACCGAAAUUCUCACCUUAUUUAUGGAAACAAUAUAAAUUAUUACGUUAUUUAAAAAGUCAUGGAGAUAUUGUAAUGGAUACAAUAAAAAAUGGAUGUGAUUUGUGGAUUCCUUUGACAGCACUAGGUUUUACUAAAUUUACUCCUGGAACAAUUGGUAUACUUGGUAUGGUAUCUUCAAUUGUAAGUCUUUAUACAUUAAUUUAUCCCCUGUAUAAAAUAACACCAGCUUAA